AUGCUUCAAGCUACCGGAACGACUGCACCAGCUCUACCUGUAGUGUUUCCCUGUUUUUGGAGUCGACCGGUUGUCCUACCUCUCCGGAAUGCAAAGACCUUUAAACCUGUCGCAUGUCUCAAACUGAAAGGUGGCAAAGGAGUGAAUGGGCUCCAUGAAACUGAACUUAUAGUUCGCGAUUAUGAAUUAGAUCAGUUCGGUGUUGUGAACAAUUCUGUUUAUGUAAACUACUGCCAACACGGUCAACACGAGUUUAUGGACAGUAUCGGUAUCAACUGUGAUGAAGUAUCCCGUUCUGGUGAAGCUUUGGCCAUUUCUGAGUUGUCAAUCAAGUUUCUUGCACCUUUACAUAGUGGAUGCAAGUUUGUGGUGAAAACAAGGAUAUCAGGGACAUCUUUGGCGCGCAUUUACUUUGAACAGUUUAUCUUUAAACUUCCAAACAAAGAGUCUAUUUUGGAGGCAAAAGGAACAGUUGUGUGGCUUGACAACAAGUACCGUCCUGUCCGUGUCUCAUCUUACGUACGCUCAUAUUUUGGUCACUUCCAACGCCAACAUGACUUUGAUUAA